AUGCCGUCCAACCGCCAGCGCAACACUGUCCUUGCUGCAGCUGCCACGGCCUCUGCCGGCGCUCUGACAUUCGUGGCACCCCCGAGUACGCCCAGUGCCGCUCGCAUCGAGCCAGGUGUCGCAGCUGGCCAUGCUGCACAGGCCCAGCCGCAGACCUCCAUGGGCGCCGCCACUGUGGGAGCCGCAAUGCUUGCAGCAGGCUGUGCUGCCCGGGCGACGGCAAAGAAGGGGCAGCGCAAGGCCGUGAAGGUGGCAGCGGUCAGCACCGACACUGAGGUGGAAACCGACUGCAUCAACUCCAUCCGCUUCCUGGCCGUGGAUGCCGUGAACAAGGCGAACUCUGGGCACCCGGGCGCACCCAUGGGCCAGGCUCCGAUCGGUUACCUCCUCUUCGCGGAAGAGAUGGCCUACAACCCUAAGGACCCAUCCUGGUGCAACCGCGAUCGUUUUGUGCUAUCUUCUGGCCAUGGCUGCAUGCUGCAGUACUCCCUGCUUCACUUGGCCGGCUAUGACAGCGUGGCCAUGGAUGACCUGAAGCAGUUCAGGCAGUGGGGCUCGAAGACUCCUGGCCACCCGGAGAACUUCGAGACCGAUGGCAUCGAGGUCACCACCGGCCCGCUUGGUAUGGGUAUCUCCAACGCUGUUGGCCUCGCCGCAGCGGAGGCACAUCUGGCAGCCGCCUACAACAAGCCGGACUUUACCCUCAUCGACCACUACACCUACACCAUUGCCGGCGAUGGCUGCAUGCAGGAGGGCAUCUCCCACGAGGCCUGCGCCUAUGCCGGCCAUCUGGGACUCGGGAAGCUCAUUGCCUUCUAUGAUGACAAUGGCAUCACCAUCGAUGGCCACACCGACCUCUCCUUCACGGAGGAUCGACGAGCUGCAGCUGCAGCCGCCACAUUCUAA